GCGCACGGCCGAGCGAUGCCCAGCUCCCUGUUUGCAGACCUGGAGCGCCACGGCAGCGGCGGCGGAGGGGGAGGCGGCGGCGGCGGCGGCGGCGGCGGCGGCGGCAGCGGCGGCGGCGGCGGCGGCGGCGAGACCCUGGAUGACCAAAGAGCCCUGCAGCUCGCGCUCGACCAGCUCUCCCUGCUGGGGCUGGACAGUGACGAGGGCGCCUCUCUGUACGACAGCGAGCCGCGCAAGAAGAGCGUGAACAUGACCGAGUGCGUACCGGUGCCCAGUUCCGAGCACGUCGCCGAGAUCGUGGGGCGCCAAGGUUGUAAAAUCAAAGCGCUGCGGGCGAAGACCAAUACUUACAUCAAGACCCCGGUUCGCGGGGAGGAGCCUGUCUUUGUUGUGACGGGCAGGAAGGAGGAUGUGGCCAUGGCUCGGAGAGAGAUCAUCUCUGCGGCGGAGCACUUCUCCAUGAUCCGCGCCUCGCGGAAUAAGAACACGGCGCUCAACGGCGCAGUGCCCGGGCCGCCCAACCUGCCGGGACAGACCACCAUCCAGGUGCGGGUGCCCUACCGCGUGGUGGGGCUCGUGGUGGGGCCCAAGGGCGCGACCAUCAAGCGCAUCCAACAACAGACGCACACGUACAUCGUGACGCCCAGCCGCGACAAGGAGCCGGUGUUCGAGGUGACCGGCAUGCCCGAGAACGUGGACCGGGCUCGCGAGGAAAUAGAGGCGCAUAUCGCCCUGCGCACCGGCGGCAUCAUUGAGCUCACAGACGAAAACGACUUUCACGCCAACGGCACGGACGUGGGCUUCGAUCUGCACCACGGGUCCGGCGGGUCCGGCCCCGGCAGCCUCUGGAGCAAGCCCACCCCCAGCAUCACGCCCACCCCCGGCCGCAAGCCUUUCUCCAGCUACCGCAACGACAGCUCCAGCUCGCUCGGCAGCGCCUCCACAGACUCUUACUUCGGCGGGGGGACCGGCGGCAGCGCAGCCGCCACCCCGCGCCUGGCGGACUACAGCCCCCCCAGCCCCGCGCUCAGCUUCGCGCACAACGGCAACAACAACAACAACGGCAACGGAUACACGUACGCGGCGGGGGAGGCCCCCGUGCCUUCCCCCGACGGCUGCCCGGAGCUGCAGCCCACCUUCGACCCGGCUCCCGCUCCCCCGCCCGGGGCGCCCCUGCUCUGGGCGCAGUUCGAGCGCUCCCCUGGCGGCGGCCCCGCGGCGCCCGCGUCCUCGUCCUGCUCUUCGUCCGCGUCUUCGUCCGCGUCGUCCUCCUCCGUGGUCUUCCCCGGGGGCGGCGCCGGCGCGCCCUCCAAUGCCAACCUGGGGCUGCUGGUGCACCGGCGGCUGCACCCGGGCGCCAGCUGCCCGCGCCUGUCCCCGCCCCUGCACAUGGCCCCGGGGGCGGGCGAGCACCACCUGGCCCGCCGCGUGCGCAGCGACCCGGGCGGCGGGGGCCUGACCUACGCCGCCUAUGCCAACGGGCUGGGGGCGCAGCUGCCCGGGCUGCAGCCGUCGGACACCUCGGGCUCCUCGUCGUCGUCCAGCUCCUCCUCCAGCUCCUCCUCCUCGUCGUCGGGGUUGCGGCGGAAGGGCAGCCGCGACUGCUCCGUGUGCUUCGAGAGCGAGGUGAUCGCCGCGCUGGUGCCCUGCGGCCACAACCUCUUCUGCAUGGAGUGCGCCAACCGCAUCUGCGAGAAGAGCGAGCCCGAGUGCCCCGUCUGCCACACCGCGGUCACUCAGGCCAUCCGCAUCUUUUCCUGAAGGCAGCGCGCGUGCGCGCACCCGGCGGGGGCAGGGGGCCCCUCCCCCGCGGCCUCGGCGUCCUCCCCCAGCCCCCCA